AGCAGGCGCCUCCCACCACCACCACCACCCCGCCCCGCAUUGCUGCUGCUGCUGCUGGCAGACAUGGACGUGGUGAAUCAGUUGGUGGCUGGGGGUCAGUUCCGAGUGGUCAAGGAGCCCCUUGGCUUCGUGAAAGUGCUGCAAUGGGUCUUUGCCAUCUUCGCCUUUGCCACAUGUGGCAGUUACAGUGGGAAACUCCAGCUGAGCGUGGAGUGUGCCAACAAGACUGAGAGUGACCUCAACAUCAAGGUGGAAUUUGAAUACCCUUUCAGACUGCACCAAGUGUACUUUGAUGCACCCAACUGCCGAGGAGGCACUACCAAAGUCUUCCUGGUAGGCGACUACUCAUCAUCAGCAGAAUUCUUUGUCACCGUGGCUGUGUUUGCUUUCCUUUACUCCAUGGGGGCUCUGGCCACCUACAUCUUUCUGCAGAACAAGUACCGAGAGAACAACAAAGGGCCUAUGAUGGACUUCCUGGCCACAGCUGUGUUCGCCUUCAUGUGGCUGGUUAGCUCAUCAGCAUGGGCCAAGGGGUUGUCAGAUGUGAAGAUGGCCACUGAUCCAGAGAACAUUAUCAAGGAGAUGGUUAUCUGCCGCCAGGCAGGGACUACCUGCAAGGAGCUGAGGGACCCUGUGACCUCUGGCCUCAACACCUCAGUGGUGUUCGGCUUCCUGAACCUCGUGCUCUGGGUGGGCAACCUGUGGUUCGUGUUCAAGGAGACAGGCUGGGCUGCCCCAUUCCUGCGCGCACCUCCCAGUGCCCCUGAAAAGCAACCUGCGCCUGGGGAUGCCUACGAAGAGGCGGGCUACGGGCAAGGCCCUGGUGGGUAUGGGCCCCAGGACUCCUACGGGCCCCAGGGCGGCUACCAGCCCGACUACGGGCAGUCUGCAGCUGGCAGUGGCGGUGGCUACAGGCCUCAGGGAGACUAUGGGCAGCAGGGCUACGGUCCUCAAGGAGCGCCCACCUCCUUCUCCAAUCAGAUGUAGUCAGGACAAUUCAGCCCUGGAGGACCCCAUGGGUAGGCAAGAGCUCAGGAGAAGGCCUGCCCUCCCUUCUUACCCCUAUACCCUAGGUCUCUAUCCCUCAAGCCAGGAGGUCCUUAACUGUGUUUGCUGUUUAUAUAUAAGAUAUAUAAAUAUCUAUUUAUCUGUCUCCACCCUGCUCCCACUCCAUUCCCUUCAUGCAUUAAGAAUUGAUCUUGUGUGAAACCCUCUCUUCUUAUCCCUAACUUUUCCCUUUCACUCUCUGGCCCCUCUCUGUUCCCUGGCCCUGAGUCCUGAGAUUGGGAGACUGAAAGAGUUACAUGGAGGGAACAGACCUGAGGUAUGUGAGGGAAGGCCUGGCUUGAGACUCUACAUCCUUCAAACUCUAGCCUUGAUUCUUGCAAUGCCUAAACAGGGGCCAUGAGAAGGAAUUUAACUCUGAAAUGCAAAGAAAGGCAAAGAUUGAGAGUCUUGAGACCCAAGGUAAUCUUGGAAGUAGAGGGAACUAGUGAUAGAGUGGGCUGGGCUCUGGACAUAGUGGAGUUAGAGUUUAAUGAAAUGGAGGUGCCCUGGAGCAUUCUUGAAUAGGAGACUCAGGAUCUGAUUCUAAGAGGGGGUAGUUGAAUGAAAUAGUAAUUGGGCCUCAGAGAAUGGGGCUCUCUGGAAGAGUUGUAACUUGGGGCCUGGUCAUAUGGUUCAGAAGGAGACUGAAGCUUGGUUCUAGAUGUGGUAGGGCUUGAAUUAGGCUGUGGGUGAGGUUUUUUAGUGAGGACCAAAGUGAAUAGGGACCAGCAUCUAUGAAACGGGUGUGGCUUGGAAUCUUUGGAGAAUUGAGUUUGAUUUGCAAGCAGGACCAUUUUCAAACCGAUCAAGUUUGGCUAAGGUUGUAGUCAGGGUUCUAGAUGGGGUAGGGCUCAGCAAGGGAAUGCCCAUGACCUUCUCAGAUGGGGUAAUUCAUCCUGCAUGAAAUCCGGAAGAGGGGCUGGAAUGAAUAGGGUAAUUGCCUUGCAUGCAGCUAACCUGGGUUCUAUCCCCGGCAUCCCAUAUAGUCCCCUGAGCACCAACAAGAGUGAUUUCCUGAGUGAAGAGCUAGGAGUAAGCUAGAAGUACUGCCAGGUGUGGUCCCCCAAAAAUGAGAAAAAGAAAUCCUGAAGAAAAUGUUUUAAAGAGGGCAGGUCUGUGUCAGGGAGGUGGUCAAAGAGGCGGUGAUGUGUUUUACAGGCAAGAGUGCCAGGUUUGAUCCCUAUCACUUAAUGGUUCCCUGUGCACCUCCAAGUGGGGCUUCCUCUGUCCCAAUUCAAGGUGGUGGAUUUGGUAGUGGGGGUGAAAAGACUCAGAAGUUUCAGGAUGGAUUUGAUUGUGAUUGAGUUCAUCUCAGUGCUGGCUGAACCUGGGACUAAGUUAGCCCAGAAAGAGCCCAGAGGCAUGGCUUUGAAUAUUAGGGCUAGGGUCCAGAGACAAGAACAACCCACACAUGCCCUUGCCCACUUCAGAGACAGGACAGCUUAAUUCAUUAGAGGACAGAGCAACAGAUCUAGGGAGAGCCUGCCCACCCCUCUCCUUCUUUCCUUGCCUCCUCCCUUACUUCUGUAUCCCCAGCCCAGUUCUGGGGUAUUUGGAAGUCCCUCUCCUGCACCACCCUCUGCUAUGUCUGUGACGUUGGUAGUGCCAGUGAUCGUGCGUUGCCAUUUUGUCUGGCUGUAGCCCCUCCCCUCUCUCCAGACCUCCACCUUUCCCUGUGCCCUUCAGUAUUGUUUGAAAAUACCCUUCCCCUGGAAGAACAAAUCUGAUCAAUUCUCCUUCCCAAAAUAAACUUCUCAACCACCUA